GCAGCAGAUGCAGCAGGCUGCUCCCUCCACCUCCCCCUGCUUCCCCCUCAGCCACCGCAACACAGCUGAAUGUGGAAGUGAGAGUCCAGCUGAAGCAGAAAAAGACGAACCUACCGGUGCGUCCAGAAUGAGGUCCAUUGUGAGCUUCUACAUCUGCUACCUGCUGUGCCUGGGCCUGGGCCUGGCCUGCACGGUGUGUGUGUGUGUGUGGAACAGCCACUGGCGUGGAGGUUUUGCGUGGGACGGUUCCACGCUGCAGUUCAACUGGCACCCGGUCCUGAUGGUCACCGGUCUCAUAGUGCUCUAUGGAUAUGGAGCCGUGGUGUACCGCGUCCCCCUGACCUGGGGUCAGAAUAAACUCCCCUGGAAGCUGCUGCAUGCUGCACUGAUGCUCCUCGCUCUAGUCCUGUCCAUCGUGGGGCUUUGUGCAGUCUUUGACUUCCAUAAUGCUAAAAACAUUCCCAACGUCUACUCUUUGCACAGCUGGAUUGGAAUAGCUGCGGUGACUCUUUUUGCUAUGCAGUGGGUGGUGGGCAUGGCUGGCUUCCUUCUGCCCUGGACCCCCAUAUCACUACGUGCCCUCCUGAAACCCGUCCAUGUGUGGAUGGGAGGCAGCAUACUGUGGCUCAGCAUCGCUGCAUGCAUCUCUGGAAUCAACGAGAAACUCUUUUUUGUUCUCCCGGGAUACAACAAACUUCCACCUGAAGCUUACUUGGGAAAUUUUUUGGGAGUUUUGAUUGUGGCCUUCGGCUUGGUUGUCCUUAAGAUCUUGUCUCACCAAGCAUGGCAGCGACCAGACUCCGUGCCUCAGGAUCUGGUCUACUCGCCUUUGCUUCAAGACGAAAGGGAGAAUGAAUGAAGAGAAUUUAACAAAAUGCUCACUGCCUCAAAUCCGUCCAUGCAAAAUCAGUGAAAACAUCACAUAUCACAAUUUCCCUUUACAAAUCCAAAAUCUCUACUUUGAAUGUACAAGCCGCUGCCUCUGCACAGUGAGAAUUAUCUAUGUCUGUUGUGGGUGUACAUAUUUAUUUGAAAAUAUAUUUAAGAUUGCUUUUCGCCAAAGAAUAAAAAUAAAGUGUUUAAACAAA